GGGCGUCUUCGUCUGUGCUCGCCUGCUGGGAACACAUGACUGGACAAAGGAAUGUGAGACCUCCAGCCCAGGUUGCCAGGCCCCUCGAGGUAAGUAGCCUCCGUCUCCCCGACAGAGUGAGUGUUCGGCGUCAUCAUCUGGUACUUCCGUUGCCUCAACUUCUCAGCGCUCGCCGGAGUGGGGAACAAACAUCGGCCGAUCCGGGGCUCUCCGGCUCCCUCCGGGUCCAUCCCUGGUGGACCAGCCCCUCCCUCCCCUCGGCCCGGUCCGGCAUCUGCAGUCAACUGCCGCGCCCUGACAGAUCCGGCCUCCGCUGUCUGGCUUUGAAUGUUUCGGCCUGCGUUGACCCUGCGUUGACGCCGAAACCAUCCGAGUGUUUCCGCCUCUUUUCGUCGCCCCCAGUCGCCCCCAGCCGCCCCGAUAUCUGCACGUACGAUGACAUGCGUCACGACUAAUGGUAGCACAUCUAGAGGUACCCCUUAGAGGUUUCGUGAUGCCCUGUCAGAAUAGGCAACUAUCGUCCUCGUACAACCAUGCCGUGUCAUGAAA